AUUGUUGCAGCCCCCCCUCCACAUUCACACACAUAAGUCAAACUUGUGCUCAACACCUCCUCGUUCUCCUGCUCAGAGCUUGUAGGAGUUCUCGGGGGUCCGUGGGCCAUUGGACAGCUCAGUGGAACCGCCGCCUCCUUCAGCUCUGACUCCGCAGACCAGAACAGAGCUGGAGGAAACUUUGGGCUGUCUGACGGGCUCCUCGCGAUGUGGAAUACAGGGAUCCGUGGAUGAUCGAUAACUGCCGACAGGAGCGCAUUCCGAUCAUUAAUUAUUAAUAGAUCCCCCUGAAGCGCCGGGGAUGCGAGAGAGACGCAGCUGCGGCGAGGAGCGCGCAGAGCCGGGGGAGUCACCGGCGGAGCGGAGCGCGUUUCCAGAGGAGACCGAGAGGAGCAUGAGGGAGGAUGAAGAAGGGGGGAGCGGGAUGGAGAGCGGCAGAGGUGGAUUAUAAUGAAGUUGAGUGGGAAAGGACUGUGCGCCGUCUUCUCCAGCACCCUCCUCUUCGUGUGCGCCCUCAGCGAAGUUGUCGUUGGAUUAAGAUGCGUCUCGCUGGGAUCCACGGUCAAGGCGCAUUUCCACCUUGGCGCCACGGCGGGGGCUUUUUACUCCGGGUUACUUGUGGGAAUUGGACAGGUGCUGCUGGGCAGCGCGCUGCUCUGCUGCGCGGAGAAGCCCGGCUGCAGGAAUUUCUUCCUCCUGGGGGUUGUGGUCUUCCUGUUGGGGGUCCUCACCGCCUUCUCCGGCGCUGUCGUGGAUGGAGACACGGCUUCCCUGGUGGAGAGGAAAUUCUCCCACUAUUGCUUUCACUCUAUGAUGAUUGUGAACCCGGUGUGCGAGCAGCUGAGGGAGUACCAGCGGAGUCUGGUCAUCUCCACGGUCCUCAGCACUUUGGAGUGCCUGCUGGGACUCAUCCACCUGGCCAUCAUCAAGCGCUACAAGGCGGCGCAGUUCUCCCGGAGCAGGCGCUGUCAGCGGCAGAGCGCCGGGGCCAUCCUCUUCAGUGAGGAGCGGGACUGCCCCGCGCACCAGCCGGUGUCUUACAUCAACCUGGGGGUGUUCACGGUGCUGGAUGAGACGGGCGCAGAGGCGCGGCGCGGAGGACACCCGUCCAUCGAGCUGCCGGGAUACUCGCCCUCGGACCCGGAGCUCAACCACUGCUUCCCCUUCUCCAUCCAGAUCCCCAGCGAGCUGCCGCCCGCCUACGAGGACAUUUUCCCGGCGGAGGCGCGCAACACAUAGCCGCUCCGGAGCUGCGCCCCUCGGGGGCACUUCUCUCUGCUGUGACAAUCAGUGACAUUGUGCUUCAUCAAAGCCCUCCGUCCACUCCAGCGAGUUCCACAGGAGGACAGCAGCAGGGGAUUUCUCAUUGUCCUGCUUUCGUGCUGAGCUUUUCCUCACAUCUGCCUGAUAGCGCGCAUUAAUCAGACUGAAGCAGGUGCGCAGAUCUGCCUUCAGAGCCUUCAGGCCCCAAGAGCAGGCGCAGCGAGGCCCGCAGCUUUGCUAAAAUAACAUCAGAGGUACUGUUUUAAAUGUUUGCUGUUUUUAAACUUGUGAAUAAAACGUGUAUUUAACCAUAUCUGUGGUCAUGCUGCUGCCAGCACGUGGACCUCCACUCCACUCCAUCAGAUUGUUUAUUUACGGAUUUUUUUAGUGUAGCAAUCUAAGAUUCAAGAGCCAUCAAUGAUUAACCAAGAAAGCAUUGAUUUUCUAGUCACAAUUCAGCACUUCUACAGACUACAUUAUCUCUUUAUUCUGACCCCUCAAAGGGAAGUAUUUCAAACGCUUGAGGGUCAGGUGGAGCAUUUUUCCUCUUUCUGAGAUCUUAUUGAAAUGUCAGCUGUUUUCACAGCUGUAGCAACCUGUCUGAGUCUAGAAGUGCCAAGACUCACACAUUUGGCUCAGGAUUUAUUAGCAAAAGUCUGGAUGUAAUUCCGCUUUGACCAAACUUUUUCCAAAUAUUCAAUUAUAGGAAAAUAAACAAUCACUUUUAUUCAUUUUUGAAUGGAUGGAUGUCAAAAUGAGAUUAGCUUUGUGCUCAAAAAGCAUCACUUAAAGUCUGAUGGAGGACAAAGUAACCUGACCUGAACACUCAGCAUGAAACCACCACUUAAGAGAUUUGCGGUGAACCUCUGCACUCAUGGUAAACUGCAGCUGGUCCAUAUAGGAAACCUGCUUAUAAAUGACAUCAUCAUCAGCAAAUUUGAGAUGAAAUCUAAUUUCAUUGCAGCUUGAAAAAUGUACAACUUUUUUUUGUUUGUUUCAUCAUUGACUGUAAAUGGGAACUGGACUGAGUGACCCCUCCUCUCCCGUGUUCCAAACAGGAAGCACCAGCUGAUUAAAGGAGCCAAAAUCCUAUAGGGUGUAUUCAGACUGGACACAUUUGGUUUGCUUAAAGUGAAGUAGAUUUAGUUUCUCCCGAUAAUCCAGUACAAAGUAUCAUUCCGAACUAUUCCGGGACCAGGAACUGCUCUCGUAUCCAUCUUUUAAGUUGUGUCUCGGUUCAUUUCAAAUAGAACUGCACUUCAGUUUGCUCUGAGAUUCCUCAGUCUGAAUACAAAGCGGUCCAAGAGCGAAAUAAUUGAACCAAACGGCCACCGUAGCUGGUAAUUAGUGGACAAUCGUGGAGCAGCGAUAUGACAGCAACUCAUCAAAAUGUGGUCGGAUGAAUACAGGCUCAUUAAAACAACUUUUAACGCGAUCCACAUUGCUUCUCAUAUCGUUUUCCUGACAAUUCAGAAGUCUCAUACUUUUAUUAGCAUACCUCAUAGUCGUAGCAUUCUCACUGCCUAUGCUUCCACUGUAUCAUCACAGCAGCUAAAAAAUGUCAAAACUGGCCGUCAUGGAUGAUCAAAAUUAAUCAGCGAAACCAAAAGUUUAAAUAAGUGAACAAUCCUGGCAAACCACUGUUCUGUGCAUCUCCAUCCUUCUCUUUUUGUUUUUAACCCACCCCUGUAACUGCCAGCCAAUGACUGAGGAAAUCUUUGGUCAUGUGGUUUUGUUUACAAGUUUUGGUCUGGAACAGAAAUCUCCGGUUGUCUGAAUACAGUCCAAACACAAGGUUCAGGACUGGAUCUGGAACAAAUCCUUUUUCCAGUGUGAAUACACCCAUAGACUUCCAUAGAAACAUAAACAGCUACUGUAUUACUCAGUCAUUAUAUUUGUCUGAACAACCAUUCUUAAUAAUCCACUUUUUUAUUUUAUUUUUUUUUUCUCUUGUGAAAGUUAUACCCUGUCCAAUCAGAAUCCUCAUUAAAAGUCAAAAUGUUUGAUAAAUCCUCUGGAGCCUACUUUCAAGUGGUGGAGACGUGGCCUUCCAACGAGCUCACUCCUGAUUGGUGAAAAUGGUUGACAAAGAAAUUUUAACUCCGACUGACCAAUCACUGCUAACUGACAUCUAACUCUAACAUGUCCGUAUCCUGGAAAAUGGACCUUCAUUUUGAUGGAAAGAUUUUCUACAAUUUAUGUCACACUUGAUCGGUCCAGUUCUCAUGUACAGUCAAUGGGUGAACCUCUGCAUAUAAAUGACAUCAUCAUCUGCAAAUUUUAGGUUAAAAAGUGCAAAUGUUAUUUUGUUGAAGCUUGACUUUGAGGGUGCAAUUGAAGAAUAUAUAUAUUUCUACACACUUCAAAAGCAAAUUCAGACUUCAUAGAGUUCCCUUGCAUAUUUUGAACUAUACAUCAAACCCAAGCAGGGCUGUUUAUUGUUUAAGACAUUUGAUCAUACCUUAAAUAAUUAUUAUAUCUGCUCUCAGCAUGGAGACUCCUAAUGUUUUGACAGCUAUCACUUAUUUAACUGAAGAGGAACAGAUAAUCAUUUGUCUUUGAUUCUAAUGUACUGCAGUAAAUUCAACUUAAAAAGUUAUUUUUUUUAAUACGAGCUGCUGUGGCUGCAUAUUUUUAAGGGGCACUUUGAUGAGCACUUUAUGAUGAAAAAACUCCACUGGCUCAGUGUGAUAACCUCCUCUUCUCCUUCUAAAUACUGUGUGAUGUUAUCGGCUUCCUCAUUCUGCUUAGGCUGGGCUCUCUGCAUGCAGGAGAGGAGAAAACAUCACGCUUCAGUCUACUCUCACGUGGCUCUCGCCUAACUUUAAGCAGAGAGAGGAAGAAAAGGAAGAAGGGUUUGGACAGCGGCUGUCUUUAUUUGACAGAAAGGUUGAAGCCAAGUGAGCAGUGAGCUUUCAAAAUGUACUGCAGCAAACAAACAGUCAUGUUUUUUUAGAGGGUAAAUGUGGAAAAGAAUGUAAAUGUUUUGUGCCUCAUUUUAUGAUCCAUAGGGAGCUGGUCCAAAGAUAAACUGUAAAAAUGUGAUUUAUUUUCAUUGUUAAAUGAACUUGAUCGAUUUGUUUUAAUGGAAGAUUUCGAUUGAGGUUUUUGAGUGGUUGAAUGUGGCGCCUCUCAUUUAAGCCACCUUUAUUUUGAAUAUUUUGGAAUUAAAGUUUUGAAGUAUUCAUUUUAUUUUCUACAGUUACUGUCUGGUGGUGACAGAAAUUUCUGAUGACCGAGGAGAAACGACGAGGAUGAAAAUGACGCAUUAAAAAGGCUUAAGCACUUUUGAAAGUCACAUUCUGCCUUAAUGGAACAAAAAGUGUUGAUCUGCUUUGAGACAUUUAAUCACUUUCAUCUCUCAUUUCAUCUUUAUUAAAUAACAUUUUUGCUAAUUUACCAAAUAUAUGAUUUUAUUGAUUUUAAGAGAGUUACGUCUUUUUGAGGUAUAGACUUACCUCUUUGUUUAGGUUUACAUUUUAAUCAUUUACAAAUCUUAUAUUUGUGCUUUUAUUUAAAAUGAUUAAAAAUUACUUUACGAGUUUCUAGAAACAGGGUUGGACAAACUUUUUUAUCAACUAGCCGUUUGGCUAAGCUAAGAUAAACUAAGCUAAUAUAAAAUAAGCUAAGAGCUUAGCUAGCUAAGUCCGAACUCGUUUUACUUUUUAACCCUUUAACGACACUUAAAUAACGUGCUCUUUGACCUAACAUAAGUUUUUGACGAUCUACGGUCUCAAAUGUAGCUGGUUCUGACACGGAGAAAAGUGCCGAUUAGCAUAAUGGCACAAAGCUGCUUUUCUCUGCGACAGAAUCGGCAGAUUUUUGUUGAUUAGGUAAACACUUUGCUACUGUAAAGUAUUAACGGCAAGGUUGCUUUUUUCCGCUUCGGAAUACAUUGGAAAUAUGUUAAAGAGUUAAGUUAGAGGGAAGCAAAAAUCUAAUUUUGAGGCAAAACUUUUGUCUAUUCUCUUUUUUAAAAUAACAAUUAAA